AUGCAAGGAGCUUUUAAUCAGAUAGGAAGCUUGGGUUAGGCCAUGGCUAAUUAGAUGAAUGAACAGGCACAACAUUUGAUCCAAGCAAUUUCUAGCAGUUGUUUGGAUAUAUUGGGGUAGCAAGAUGGUAUCUUCAUUAAAUAGAAAUUUGAAUUGUUCGAGGCAAUCACAGGUUUCGAAACUCCGAAUGUAUAUAAGGUCUAUGCAGCAAACGAUUAAGGGAAGAAGAAGAAGUAAAAGGCGUUAUUCAAAUGCAAAGAGAAAUCGUCCACUUGUGCUCGUCUUUGUCUUCCAGGGAAUACAAGGCCUUUUGAAAUGAAAAUCAACAAUUACGGAUGUAAGGACUUCUAGCCAGCCAUGGCGAAGAUGUUCUUGAAGGACGAAAAGAGAGUAGUCUUCAAGUUCAAGAGAGAGUAUCAAUGCACAUGCUUGUGUUUUAAUAGACCUCGUCUUGAAGUCUUGUAUGUGGAGAACGACGAGAACAAGAAACUGGGAACAAUAGUGAAUCCAUGGUAUUUCUGCAACAUAGGAUGUCACGUACUGGAUAUUCACGACAACUUGAGAUACAUCGUAGAAGCAAGUUGUUGCCAAACUUAUUUUUGGUGCAAAUGCCCAUGCAAUUCUUGCAACAAGGUUGAGUUCGUCAUUAAAGUACCAACCGGAGAGGUUGUGGCUCAUUUAAUGAAGAAAGGAAAGGACUGUUGUAAAAACGCGAUGGGUGAUGCAGACAACUUCAGUUUGAUCUUCCCCAAAGGAGCUUCGAAGGAAGACAAAGCGUUGCUGCUUGCUGUCACUCUUAUGAUGGACUACAUGUACUUCGAAGAUAAAGGAGGUGCUUAAGCUUCUGUGGGACCAGAAUGA